CGGCAUUAAAGCCGGCGGUCUUCUUAAUCAGUUGUUUAAGUAUCUCGAAAUUAAAGACGUUAGUGCUAAAAUAAUUGGUUCGCGGAAUAAAUUGAACGUUGUACGAGCCGCUUUCCUAGCUUUGGAUAAGUUAACAGAAAAAAUUAUUACCCAAGCCGGGCCGGGAGCAGGAAUGGGUAAUUUACAUGCCGACGCCCGUAGCAAUUCUUUCAACUUUUCUGUUAUUCCUUUUGAUUAUCGAGGGGAAAAAAUUAAAGCCAUAAAAAUAAUUGGGGGCAACCAAGAACAUUUUAGUUAUUAUGUAAAUAAUCACAGCGGAAAAAAAUUACUAGCAAUUAAUUUUGAUGCGGAAAAAGCGAAAGUAAUUGAUUGGGUUGAUACUGCCUUUCCUUUUCUAGACGGGAGUUAUAAAGUAAAAAAAUGGUUAGAGUUGACAGAAACCGGAUUAGGAAUAACCAGGAAGAAAUUAGCUGUCGACGCUUUUUCUCCCACUAUUAAAACCAUUAAGUUGAUUUUUUCCAACCAGGAGGAACUUAAAGAAUAUGUAAAGCAAGUUAAAGAAAAAUGA